GGGUGGAUCCUGAAUGUUCUGUACCAGCCUCCCCACCUCCUGUGUCCUUCCUUAGUGGAUGCCCUGAAGUGUAAUUUCACGUAGUGGUGACUUACUUGAAAGCAUCACACGGAGCUGCAGAGGGUGUGAGAGCAGCUUGGAGAGGUGGGAGCCCUGGCUGCCGAUGGCUCCCGCCGGCGAGAGUGUGGAAAGCUCAUUCCAGGAAACAUGGCAUAAUCACUGUGUUGGCUGGCUUUCAGGCGGGGUCCUUGGUGAAUUUUGUCAUGGUUAUUUAAGGAACCUCGUGUAGAAGUCCCAACUCGCAGUUCCCCAUCGCUGGGAAGGCGUGGACUCCAAGAUGAUUAUAAAGGAAUAUCGGAUUCCUCUGCCGAUGACUGUGGAGGAGUACCGCAUUGCCCAGCUGUACAUGAUACAGAAGAAGAGCCGUAACGAGACAUAUGGCGAAGGGAGUGGAGUGGAGAUCCUGGAGAACCGGCCAUACACAGACGGCCCUGGCGGCUCCGGGCAGUACACGCACAAGGUGUACCACGUGGGCAUGCACAUUCCUGGCUGGUUCCGCUCCAUUCUGCCCAAGGCAGCCCUGCGGGUGGUGGAGGAGUCCUGGAAUGCCUACCCCUACACCCGGACCAGGUUCACCUGCCCUUUUGUGGAGAAAUUCUCCAUCGACAUUGAAACCUUUUAUAAAACCGAUGCUGGAGAAAACCCCAAUGUGUUCAACCUUUCUCCUGUGGAAAAGAACCAGCUGACAAUCGACUUCAUCGACAUCGUCAAAGACCCCGUGCCCCCCAAUGAGUAUAAGACAGAGGAGGACCCCAAGCUGUUCCAUUCGACCAAGACCCAGCGGGGACCCCUGUCUGACAACUGGAUCGAGGAGCACAAGAGCCAGGUCUCCCCGCUUAUGUGCGCCUACAAGCUGUGCAAGGUGGAGUUCCGCUAUUGGGGCAUGCAGUCCAAGAUCGAGAGGUUCAUCCACGACGUCGGCCUGCGGCGGGUGAUGGUGCGGGCCCAUCGGCAGGCCUGGUGCUGGCAGGACGAGUGGUACGGGCUGAACAUGGAGAACAUUCGGGAGCUGGAGAAGGAGGCGCAGCUCAUGCUGUCCCGCAAGAUGGCUCAGUUCAACGAGGACAAGGAGGGGGCCGCGGAGCUCACCAAGGAUGAAGCCACCCAGAACCAGGCCCCCAGGGAGCCCCCCAAGCCCAGCAGCAGCAACGGGGAACCCCUGGCAGGGCGGGGCCUAAAGAAGCAGUGGUCCACAUCCUCCAAAUCAUCACGGUCAUCCAAGCGGGGAGCCAGUCCUUCCCGCCACAGCCUCUCAGAGUGGAGGAUGCAGAGUAUUGCCAGGGACUCUGAUGACAGCUCCGAGGAUGAGUUCUUCGAUGCACACGAGGACCUGUCUGACUCAGAGGAAAUAUUCCCCAAGGACAUCACCAAAUGGAGCUCCAACGACCUCAUGGACAAAAUCGAGAGCCCAGAGCUGGAGGACACGCAGGAUGGUCUAUACCGCCAGAGCACCCCUGAGUUCAGGGUGGCCUCCAGUGUGGAGCAGCUGAGCAUCAUCGAGGAUGAGGCCAGCCAGCCGCUGGCCGUGCCACCCUCCAAGAUCCACGUGCUGCUGCUGGUGCUGCAUGGAGGCACCAUCCUGGACACGGGCGCCGGGGACCCCAGCUCCAAGCAGGGUGACACCAACACCAUCGCUAGUGUAUUCGAUACCGUCAUGCGUGUGCACUACCCGAGCGCACUGGGCCACCUCGCCAUCCGCCUGGUGCCCUGCCCACCUGUGUGCUCUGAUGCUUUCGCCCUCGUCUCCAACCUCAGCCCCUACAGCCAUGACGAAGGCUGUCUGUCCAGCAGUCAGGAUCACAUCCCCCUGGCUGCCCUGCCCCUGCUGGCCACCUCCUCGCCACAGUACCAGGAGGCAGUUGCCACGGUGAUCCAGCGGGCCAACCUCACCUAUGGGGACUUCAUCAAGUCCCAGGAGGGCGUGACCUUCAGUGGGCAGGUCUGCCUCAUUGGGGACUGCGUUGGGGGGAUCCUGGCAUUUGAUGCCUUAUGCCACAGCAGCCAGCCGGUGUGUGAAAGUCAGAGCAGCAGCCGCCGAGGCAGUGUGGUCAGUGUGCAGGACACUGACCUCCUGUCCCCUGGCAUCCUGGUGAAUACUGCACACUGCUCCAGUGACAGCAGUGGUGGUGGCAGUGGUGGAGGCUCCAGCCUGGAGAGCAGUCGGCACCUGAGCCGCAGCAACAUCGACAUCCCCCGCAGCAAUGGCACUGAGGAUCCCAAAAGGCAUCUGCCCCGCAAGAGGAGUGACUCGUCCACCUACGAGCUGGACACCAUCCAGCAGCACCAGGCUUUCCUGUCCAGCCUCCAUGCCAGUGUGCUGCGGAAUGAGCCCAACACCCGCCGCUCAAGCAGCUCCACCAUGCUGGAUGGCGCGGGGGGCCUGGGCAAGUUUGACUUUGAGAUCACCGACCUCUUCCUCUUUGGGUGCCCGCUGGGGCUGGUCCUGGCCUUAAGGAAAACCGUCCUCCCAGCCCUGGAUGAAGCCCCCAAGUCGCUCAGCCACACCCCCAGCAUCAGGCGCCUGUCCCUGCUCGCCCUGCCCCCCCCAACCCUCACAAGCCCCGGCCCCCGCCCUUGGGUCAGGCAGGCAAGGCCCUGCCUGGAAAGUGCCUCCUGCCUCCCUGGCCUGGACAUCGGAGAAGCCUUGAACCUGGGGGAAGACAGAUGGGACAAUGAGGGCAGCAGUGGGGUCCGGGCCCAGGAAUCAUCAGAAUCAAGAGUGAAUUCAGCACUGCGGUGCUCCCUGCCACAGGGCCUCUGGCUGCUGGGAGCUGUCCUGGCAUCUUCUGCCUGCUCAUCUGCUUCCCUCUGUCACCGCCUGGGAGAAGACUCACCUGGCUGCAGCUGGAGGGAGGGUCUAGUCUGGGCUGAGCCAAGCUUGGCUCAGGGGGACCAGGUGGCCCUCUGGGAGCCCUUCGAGGUUACCCAGCCAGCCCAGUCAUGGCCCCUCCUCCUGGUAGUUGCUGCAAAGUGGUGGGGCCAGAAGCGGAUUGACUACGCCCUGUACUGCCCUGACGCUCUCACAGCCUUCCCCACGGUGGCCCUGCCCCACCUGUUCCAUGCCAGCUACUGGGAGUCAACGGACGUGGUCUCCUUCCUGCUGAGACAGGUCAUGAGGCAUGACAAUUCCAGCAUCUUGGAGCUGGAUGGCAAGGAGGUGUCAGUGUUCACCCCCUCGAAGCCGAGAGAGAAAUGGCAGCGCAAGAGGACCCACGUGAAGCUGAGGAAUGUGACAGCCAACCACCGGAUCAAUGAUGCAGUAGCCAACGAAGACGGCCCACAGGUUCUGACGGGCCGGUUCAUGUAUGGGCCCUUGGACAUGGUCACCCUGACUGGGGAGAAGGUGGACGUGCACAUCAUGAUGCAGCCGCCCUCGGGGGAGUGGCUGUACCUGGACACGCUGGUGACCAACAGCAGUGGGCGCGUCUCCUAUACCAUCCCCGAGACGCACCGCCUGGGGGUGGGCGUCUACCCUAUCAAGAUGGUGGUCAGGGGGGACCACACGUUUGCCGACAGCUACAUCACCGUGCUGCCUAAGGGCACGGAGUUUGUGGUCUUCAGUAUCGAUGGCUCCUUUGCCGCUAGCGUGUCCAUCAUGGGCAGCGACCCCAAGGUGCGGGCCGGGGCAGUGGAUGUGGUGCGGCACUGGCAGGACCUGGGCUACCUCAUCAUCUACGUGACAGGCCGGCCCGACAUGCAGAAGCAGCGGGUGGUGGCAUGGCUGGCCCAGCACAACUUCCCCCACGGAGUGGUGUCCUUCUGCGACGGCCUGGUGCAUGACCCGCUGCGGCACAAGGCCAACUUCCUGAAGCUACUCAUCUCUGAGUUGCACUUGCGUGUGCACGCGGCCUACGGCUCCACCAAGGACGUGGCGGUCUACAGCUCCAUCAGCCUGUCACCCAUGCAGAUCUACAUUGUGGGCCGGCCCACCAAGAAGCUGCAACAGCAAUGCCAGUUCAUCACAGAUGGCUACGCAGCCCACCUGGCCCAGCUCAAGUACAACCACCGGGCAAGGCCAGCCCGCAACACGGCCACCCGCAUGGCGCUGCGCAAGGGCAGCUUUGGCCUGCCCAGCCAGGGUGACUUCCUGCGCUCCCGGAACCACCUGCUCCGCACCAUCUCGGCCCAGCCCAGUGGGCCCAGCCACCGGCACGAGAGGACACAGAGCCAGGCAGACGGCGAGCAGCGUGGCCAGCGCAGCAUGAGCAUGGCGGCUGGCUGCUGGGGCCGCACCAUGACUGGCCGGCUCGAGCCAGGCGGAGCCACGGGCCCCAAGUAGGGCACCGCUGGGGAGGCACUGCAGUCUCCAUGGUGCUAGGCCAGGUGGCAGCCCCGCCAGGAGCCCUGGCCUGGGCACACGCAGUUGGCUGGGACAAGCACAGAUGCGGCCCUGGGAGCUUGUCCUAAGUCCCUGUGGAGGACACAGGAUGUACCACAUAGUCCUCCCAGCCCCGCCUCAUGUCCUAGAAUCUGAGGGGUCCAGCUCAUCGUGGAAGCUGGCAGGACCACCAGCCCCAGUAUGACAGAGGGACCAGGACUCCCCACUUAGACUGGCCUGGGAGGUGCCCCUGGAAAAUCUGUGCUGCAUUGACCUCCCAGCAC